CAGCCAUGAAGUUCACUGCCACUGCUCUCGGCCUCCUCGCCACCAUCGCCACGACCAACGCCGCCAUGUCCACGUGCUCAAAGAAGAUUGCCUUGGGCCUGACCAACAUCUACGAGAACGGCGACACCGCCUUCCACUACGACUACUGCGAGAACAUCAAUGAUGGACCCAAGUACGACGCCGUCAUGAAGAAGCUGGACCAGUCGAACAGCGGCUCGGUCAGCGGGCUGGACGGCUACUGUUCGGUGUGGAGCAAGCUGGGCAAGUCGGAUGCAAAGUUCCGCGCAGCGCAGGACAAGGUGCGCGACGAGAUGUACUUUGACCCGUCGCAGAAGCUGGCGGACAAGCUGGGCGCGCAGCUCGACGUGACCCGUGCUCAGCUGUACGACACGACAAUCCAGCACGGCGAUGGCUCGGAUCCUGACUCGGUUGGUGCGCUGAUCAAGAAAACCAGUGCCUCGUUCAAGGCUGACGCCAAGGGCUCGUCAGGCAGCACGCUCAAGAUCAACGGCCACAAUGUCGACGAGAUCGUCUGGCUGACCAAGUUCCUGCAGGUGCGCAUGGACGACUUGAAGAACCCGCACAACAAGGAGACACAGAAGGAAUGGGCCAAGAGCGUCACUCGUGUCAAGUCGUACCAGUACGUGGUUGCCCAGAAGCAGUACAAGUGGGGCAGCUCGAUCAAGGCUCUCAACAACGACGGCAAGGCUACCACUGUCAAGUGCUAG